AUGGGUCAACGAACUGAUGCAUUCCACCGCUGGCAUCUGGCAACCCCGGAAUUCAACCAGCUACUCAACAUCAUAUGCCCCAAGUAUCUGACCAGAAAGGAAGGAGAGGAAAUCAUGCGUCAAUUUAACGAGAGUUGGAUUGAUGAGAAGCAGGUUCUUUGGAGCGGCGUGGCUCAUGCCACGGUCGAAGAAUGGGCAAAUCAGCGUGGGAUGCAAACGCUUACCAGUGCCAUGGGCGAUCUGAUGAACUGGACCCAUCCAAAGUGCAAAAGACCCCACAAGACGAGUGUGCAAUGGACGAAUUACAUGAAGGGAGUCUCCGCGAUCUUCGCCUGGAAGAUUGCCCAAGGACAUACCGUCACCUUGUUGACGCCUCCGCCGCCCGUCCGCUUUCACCCGUCGGGUUUAACCAACUACCAAGACAUUGAAGAGCCGGUUUUGAAAGGAGCGGUUGACGGUACUGUUAUUGGCAAGAUUGUUGUAGUACAUCCAGAGGUUGAAGGAGCUGAGGACAUGGCAUAUGAAUACAUACUGGCCCAAAGACCGGGUGGCCAACUGGUACGCGAAAUGUGGUUCCAAAAGUCAUGGGACCAAGAUCUGGCGAACGAUAAGUUCCAAGAGGCGUAA